GAAUGACGUCGUGUUGCGCGCGGUGGGCGGGGCCUUCAACGGUAGCGGAUGAAAACAUGUUCACCGUCAGCACCGUCGUUGAGAAGCUGCGUAUUUAACGACUCGAGUUGAGUCUUUAACCCGGACUUUAGUGUCGAGUUCCCCGCAGGAAUCGGUGAGUGUGCGCGGAGCACAGUUAGCUCCAGUGUUAGCUUAGGCAGGUGGUGAACUCACAGAUUCUGGUCACAUGGUGGCGAUGUUGAGGCUGCAGUGGAGCCCCGCCUCCUCCUCUGUCACGCCCAUUUCUCAGAUCAACGUUUGAGCCUCUGGACACUGACUCCUCCCCCUCGCUGCACAGUUGAUAGUGAAGUUACCACACGUUAUUUUUCUAGCAUCGAUGGCUGAUCAGCUGAUAAUGUCAGACUCGCUGGCAGACACGCCCACUCUCAUCACAGAUACACCCACUCUCACCACAGACACACCCACUCUCAACACAGAAAAGCCCACUCUUAUCACAGACACGCCCACACACACUACAGACACGCCCACUCUCAUCACAGAGACGGCCUCUAAAGAAUGGACUGGAACUAAUGCAGAGGAAGAGCAGGGACACAUGCCGGGGUCAGAGGUCAAUCCUCGGCCAACAACAGUCCUGAAAGAGGAGGAGGCCACACCCCCACCACCAACGUCAGAGAACGGGACCACAAUGGCCGAAGAAUCUCUGUCUGACAGCGGACCCCGUGAAGGUGUGGACGCGGAGGACAGUUUGUCUGGAGAGGGUGGGGCGGGUUCAGAUGAGCAGGGGGCGGAGUGUAUGGACUCGCCCUCUGUCUUCAUCACCAGUCUGGAAGAGGACAGCAGGUCCUUGUCCCUCCCUGCUCUGGCUGAGGAUGCCUGUGUGUCCACUGAUGUCCACCAUGUGAAGGACAGUGAGACAUGUCAGUUGCACCCUGGUGGCGCUGUCCGUGCAGCGCCUCCUUCAGCAGCUUCAGCCCCUCCUCCAGCUGCUGGAGCUGCUGCUGCAGUGCCUCCUGUUGCCGGGCAGGUGUAUUACCUGGUGAAAUGGAUCAACUGGAAGGAGAAGAAGACGCCCAUCAUCACGCAGAGUGAGAAUGGACCCUGCCCCCUGCUGGCCAUCAUGAACACACUGUUUCUACGUUGGAAGGCGAAACUUCCUGCUCAGACUGAUGUCGUCACCACUGAAGACCUGAUGACUCACCUGGGAGAGUGUGUUUUAGCUGUCACACCCAGAGAGAAAGCUGAUGGGAUGGAGCUAAACUUCCAACAGAACAUGAGUGAUGUCAUGGCCGUCCUCCCGAAACUGUCCACAGGUUUGGACGUGAAUGUUGGUUUCAGUGGUGUCACAGACUUUGAAUACACACCUGAGUGUAUCGUGUUUGACCUGCUGGACAUUCCACUGUACCACGGCUGGCUCGUCGACCCACAGAGUCCAGAGAUGACCGCUGCUGUGGGCAAACUGAGUUACAAUCAGCUGGUGGAGAAAAUCAUCGAAUACAAACACUCAACUGACAGCAGCCGAGUCAGUGAAGGUCUGUUAGCAGAGCAGUUUCUGGAGUCGACAGCGACUCAGUUGUCAUAUCACGGUCUGUGUGAACUCAACAUGGCGGCGAAAGAAGGAGAAAUCUCUGUGUUCUUUAGAAACAACCACUUCAGUACCAUGAUCAAACACAAGGGUCACCUGUACCUGUUGGUGACAGAUCAGGGUUUCCUCCAGGAGGGGGCGCUGGUGUGGGAGUCUCUUCACAACGUCGAGGGCGAUGGAAACUUCUGCGACUCUGACUUCAGACUGUGUCAUCAACGAGCUCCGCCCACCUCCACUCUUCCACCGUGUGGUCAGGAGCAGCAGAAACAGAUCGACCAGGAUUACCUGGUGGCAGUGUCUCUACAGCAGCAGGGCGGCGCUACAGCACCACUCAGUGACCUAGAGUUAGCUCGACAACUGCAACAGGAAGAAUAUCAUCAACAACAACAACAACAACAGGGACCAGUGCAGACACCAACACAGGUCAGAGGUCAAGGGUCUCAGCAAAGCAGGAGAAGAGACAAAGACUCAGACUGUGUCGUCUUAUAGACUCUUCAUGAUCUUCAUCACUUCCUGUCAUGUGACUUAAAUGUUUUACAUAAACACUGACAUUAAAGGGUUCAGAGGCGCCCCCUGCUGCUGAGACAAGGAGAAACUGAUUUUAUCCAUAACAAGUUUAAGUCUUUGAUAUCUGCGUCACUUGAUCACGUCUUUAUCUCAUUGUUACACAGGAAACUGAGGUCUGUAAAGCACACCCACUCUCCCAUGCCAAAGUCCAGAGAGAAAAUCAGUGAUUUCAGGAGUUGUUGAUCCUCCAUCA